GCCCGGUGACUGCGCUGACCGGCGGCGGUGCUGGGAGCCCGGCCCGAGUGAUUUGUGUGGCCCGUUAGGCCUUCGCUAGUCCCCGGAGUGGAGGAAGGGGAGAAUGCGGCAGGCGGGGGCCCCGGACACACAGAACAGGUGGUCAAGCAUCUAAAUGGAGUCUGAGCAGCUGUUUCAGAGAAGCUACUACCGUAACAGUUACAACAGUAUUACUAGCGCAAGUAGUGACGAGGAACUCCUGGAUGGAGCUGGGGGGAUGAUGGACUUCCACACCCUGGAAGAUGACCACUUGCUAGAUGGUGAUACCUUACUCGGAACACACUACAACAUGUCAAACGGAGGCGGGCCCAGCAGUAGCACCCAUCUGUUGGAUCUGCUAGAUGAGCCUAUCCCAGGAGUCGGCACUUACGAUGACUUCCAUACCAUUGACUGGGUGAGGGAGAAGUGUAAAGACCGGGAGCGCCAUCGGAGGAUUAACAGCAAAAAGAAGGAGUCUGCAUGGGAGUUAUCGAAAAGCCUCUAUGACGCUUGGUCAGGAUGGUUGGUUGUAACGCUAACUGGUUUAGCAUCAGGUGCCCUUGCAGGCCUAAUAGACAUUGCAGCAGACUGGAUGGCAGAUUUGAAGGAAGGGAUUUGCAUGAAUAAGUUUUGGUUUAACCAUGAGCAGUGUUGCUGGGACUCAAAUUUUGCCACAUUUGAUGAACGAGACAAGUGUCCGCAAUGGAACACCUGGGCGGAUCUCAUCAUUGGCCAGGCAGAAGGUCCUGGAUCUUAUAUAAUGAACUACAUUAUGUACAUCUUCUGGGCUUUGAGUUUUGCCUUUUUGGCUGUUUGUCUGGUGAAAGUGUUUGCCCCUUAUGCCUGUGGCUCAGGAAUUCCAGAGAUUAAAACCAUUUUAAGUGGAUUCAUCAUCAGAGGUUACUUGGGAAAGUGGACUUUAAUGAUCAAAACAGUAACACUGGUACUUGCUGUGGCUUCAGGCCUGAGCUUAGGGAAGGAGGGUCCCUUAGUACACGUUGCUUGUUGCUGUGGAAAUAUAUUCUCCUACCUCUUUCCGAAGUAUAGCACAAAUGAGGCGAAGAAAAGGGAGGUUCUUUCGGCAGCUUCAGCAGCUGGUGUAUCUGUAGCCUUUGGCGCACCUAUUGGCGGUGUCCUAUUCAGCUUAGAAGAAGUCAGUUACUAUUUCCCACUCAAGACAUUAUGGAGGUCCUUCUUUGCAGCAUUGGUGGCUGCUUUCAUCUUGCGAUCUAUUAAUCCCUUUGGCAACAGUCGGCUUGUGCUAUUUUAUGUAGAAUACCACACUCCAUGGUAUCUAUUUGAACUGAUCCCAUUCAUCCUCUUAGGAGUGUUCGGCGGUCUGUGGGGAGCCUUUUUCAUCCGUGCAAACAUUGCCUGGUGUCGGCGCCGGAAGACAACGAAGUUUGGAAAGUACCCAGUGUUGGAGGUUAUUGUGGUGGCUGCCAUUACAGCAAUCAUUGCUUUCCCAAACCCCUACACUCGCUUCAACACUAGCCAACUGAUUAAAGAGCUCUUCACGGAUUGUGGCCCAUUGGAAUCCUCUACACUUUGUGAUUAUAAAAAUGAUAUGAAUGCUAGCAAGAUCGUGGAUGAUAUUCCGGACCGGCCUGCUGGUAAUGGAGUUUACUCUGCUAUGUGGCAACUGUGCUUGGCGCUUGUGUUCAAAAUCGUCAUGACAGUCUUCACAUUUGGCAUUAAGGUUCCAUCAGGCCUAUUUAUCCCUAGCAUGGCAAUUGGUGCCAUAGCAGGAAGGAUUGUGGGUAUUGCUGUCGAACAGCUGGCUUAUUACCACCAUGACUGGUUCAUAUUCAAGCAGUGGUGUGAAGUUGGCGCAGACUGCAUCACCCCAGGGCUGUAUGCUAUGGUUGGGGCUGCUGCUUGCUUGGGUGGAGUAACUCGAAUGACCGUGUCCCUCGUUGUUAUAGUCUUUGAGCUCACAGGAGGUUUGGAGUACAUUGUACCACUAAUGGCGGCUGUAAUGACCAGUAAGUGGGUUGGAGAUGCUUUUGGACGGGAAGGCAUCUAUGAGUCUCACAUACGAUUGAAUGGCUAUCCUUUCUUGGAUGCAAAGGAAGAAUUCACGCACACGACACUGGCACGUGAUGUGAUGAGGCCAAGGAGGAAUGAACCACCUCUGGCAGUUCUUACCCAAGAUAAUAUGACUGUAGAUGAUAUAGAAAGCCUGAUCAAUGAGACCAGCUUCAAUGGCUUUCCUGUCAUAAUGUCAAAGGAGUCCCAACGGCUGGUCGGUUUUGCUCUGAGAAGAGAUUUAACACUAGCUAUAGAAAAUGCAAGAAAAAAGCAGGAAGGCAUUGUUGGAAGCUCCCGGGUAUGCUUUGCCCAGCACACGCCAUCCCUGCCUGCAGAAAGCCCUCGCCCCCUGAAACUCCGCACCAUUCUGGACAUGAGUCCCUUUACAGUAACUGACCAUACACCAAUGGAGAUAGUAGUGGAUAUAUUCCGCAAGCUGGGGCUUAGACAGUGCCUUGUCACUCACAAUGGGAUUGUCUUGGGGAUCAUCACAAAGAAGAACAUUUUAGAACAUCUCGAGCAUCUAAAGCAGCACGUGGAACCCUUGGCGCCUCCUUGGCAUUAUCACAAAAAAAGAUAUCCUUCGCCAUAUGGCCCAAAUGGCAAACCACGAUCCAGAGUCAAUAAUGUUCAACUGAACAGAAUCCAAGAAGAAGAGCAAGAGGAGAGUGAAGAGGAGGUUUUUUUGUUGAAGGACACUCUACCCUGAUAGGAGAGUCAUUUGGCACAUUGGUAAAAAAAAAAAUGAAGAUGAUCUGUUUUACAGCAAAGUUGCCUCCCUGCUUGCACGACCUACAGAAGAAGCUGCUCAGCUGUGUUGGGUCAUCUGCUGUGAAUAACUUGCCACUAGAGGGCAGUGUAAUACUGUGACUGUGAGAGCAUGAAAUAACGGGCAAGUCUGGUACAGGAUUGUUUUAGACUUGUUAAAUGUAUCCCUGUUGUAUACAGGAAAUAUCCUGAAUUGAGCCAUCAUUAUUCGAGACUUGCCACCAUUUUCAUCAUUGAAGGAAAUCUGGUGUUCAUGCUAUCUGCUGUCCGAUAACUAUACAACGUUUUGUACAUUCCAGGACAGAUUUAAUUUCUCGCUAUACCCCACCUUCUUCUAUCGCUCCUCACCCCCCCCCCCCCCCUUCCCCAUUCCUCUGAUUACUCCACGAGGUGUCACUUAAUGCAGCAAAGUCUCAUAUUGAGAUAUACUGCCGUUUAUCAUACAAAUCCUCAACAUAUAUGUACGUGCCAUAAAGCAGUUAGCUUGGUACAGGGAUGCCGAAAAGUGUAGAGGAUGAAUGGCACUUCGGCUCAGCAGUUUAGAAAACUGAAUUGUUUCAAAUUACCCAUCGUGCUCUGUUCCAUGGUGUGACGUGGUUUAUGCAAUUUUAUUUUUGUAUGCUGGGAAACCCUUUCAUCUACUAAUGUUUUGCGCAGUGUUAAGAUUAUGAUAAAUGUCCCUGAUCCUUGACCUUGCCACAGGACAGAGCGACAAUGAAUAGGAGCUGAUGAGAUGGUGAUAGCACUGCACUAUAUGACGCUUCAGGAAACCCUUGGGAUACAACUCUUUACACUGACCUAUUAUUACCAACCAUAAUUAUACAACAGGCACUGAGAACAAUUGCUCUACCUACAUAAUAUUAGAAGUUUAACGACGUGACAGUAGAAAAUGUUCCUUUUGUAUUUAUAUUCUGUUUGAUGUUAAAUCGGUCAUGACAGUUUCAGGGAACUUGGGAAAAUGAUUGGAGGAGAAACUUGAUUUAUAAUUGCACUAAUCGCACAUCUCUUUCUAGUGUGGUCAUUGAUCUACAACUGGAGGAAAUUUUAGAUUAUAUUUGACACUAGAAUUUAAUUGUAUUUGAUUUUGUUAAUAUUGAUCUGCUUAAAAAUAAUUUUUGAUUCAUCAUGUUUUGGAAAAACACUCAACCCACAUCCCAUGGAGGCAAAAAGCUCCACAAAAUCUUUUUUUUAUAGUGGGUAAAUAGAUAAUAAACUAGUGAAAAUGAUGCAUAUUAACUGCACUAAAGUUAUCAUGCCAAUCUCAUCCACAUUGCUCCGCUAUUACUCAGCAGGGAUGAUAACUGAGCCUUUGCCCAAUCCUUAGAAUGAAAAUUUAUAAAAAGCUUCUUCUGCAAGAUUUGAGUCGGGAGAUGGAAGUUUUCUUCAUGGUGUCUGGAGAUUUGGAGGAAGAGAAGUGUGUUGCGUAUAAUUUAUAACGUUCAUUAUCAAGUAUCUUUAGACAAAACAUCUUAAAGUGAAAUGCAAGCCCAAAUUUUUUAUUUCGGAUAGUGUAGGGAAGGGUUACAAUAGCAAUCUAUCUGUUUACUUCCUGUUCUUGCAACCAUGUUGUCAGACAUUAAAACUGCUGAUCUGGGGGCACAUACUGCUGUAAAUACCUUGCAGACGUUCUAACCGUUCUUCACUCUGUCUGACACUGGAAUUUAAGUCCUACUUUAGCUACACUUCACUCUUGUAAAAUAUUACCCACCGAUCCCAGGUCUUGAAGCAAUGUGAUCAGAAAUCAUCUCCAUUCUGUUUGAUUAUGAAUUAGGCUUGACCUUUAAGCACAGUUUUGCCAACUUUGUUAAUACUACUAAGUAACGGAAAAAGUGAAAUACCUCCUAAGAAAGCAAUAAAAUGUGAUCAUUAACACAAGAAUGAAAGUAGUCUAUCUAAAUGGCAAAAUAUGAACAGCUAUAACAAUUGUUUUGCUGUUUAAGAUCUCCGAGUGUGCACACUUGUUCCAGGAAUUAUGGAUGUAGAUGUGCCCCACAAUUCACUUGAAACUUUUCUUGCAGGGUUGUAUUCAUUUAUUUAAAUGUUUUGUUUUCUUUUAUAGAUCACAUAUCUGAAUAUAUGACUUUUUGUGAAUUGGCUUUUAGAUCUCCUAUCAUUUCUAAUGGUUCAGGCCUUACAGAGAACGUAAUUUAUCUCUAACCAGAUGCUCGUGCUCAGCGGUAGCCCAUGAGGAUUGCUUAUGUAUGUCAGCAGUUAUUUAGAAAGAUUUAGAUUCUUGGAGCAUUUUGUCACAAUUGUAUUAAGUUAAUAACUUACUUUACUGAAAGCAACUACUGAAGAUGAGACGUUCUGUAUUGUGAAAAGUCCAGAAAUAAACUUAUUGGGGAACCUA